AUGGCCAACACAGAAAAUACUCAAGAUGUCUGGGAACAAACCGACCAGGAUUGCUACGUCGCUCUAACACACGAUCACCUAAACGCCCAAGCCAUUAUGGACCGUGUACGCAGUCCCUCGGCUGGCGCUAUUGUCCUCUUCGCAGGAACCACCCGCGAUAACUUUGCGGGAAAACCAGUCAAGGAAUUACAGUACACAGCAUACCACCCUCGUGCUUUAAAGUCUAUGCUUGCCAUUGCAAAGGACAUUCGUGAUAAGCAUGGUCUCCGUGGGGUAGCUAUGGUCCAUCGCCUUGGUGCUGUUCCUAUCGGCGAGGAGAGCAUCUUGAUCGCUGUAUCGUCCCCGCAUCGACAAGCAGCAUGGAGAGCUGGUGAAGAGGCGUUGGAGGAGUGUAAGAAUAAGGUUGAGGUAUGGAAACGGGAGGAGUUCGAAGGUGAGGAGGGAGUCUGGAGAGCCAACAGAGAUGGAGCUGUGGGACAGCGUGAAACGUAA